AUGACCUACCUGGCUCACAGCGCCCACGCCCAGCUCGGGGCCCUCUGGCUGGGCUUUGUGGGCUGGACGCUCACCGCCGUUUCCCUUGGACUCAUCCAGUGGCGGGUCUGGUUGGUGUCUGACAGGGACGUGAUCAGCUCCGGAUUGGCCUGGGUGGGCAUCUGGAGGACCUGCUUCCACAGCAACACCCUGGUGACCCCUGGCUUCUUGAAUAUGCACUGCAGGUACCUGAGCCUGACCGAGGCCUUCACGCCGCCUGAGAUCGUGGCAGGUCAGGUUCUCAUGCUGCUGUCUCUGCUGGUGGGGCUUUGUGGGAACGCUGGUGGUGUUUAUGCCAUGAGGAACGUCUACUUCGGGAUGGAGAAGAACUCCCCAAUCCGCUUGGCGUUCUACACCGCUGGCACACUGUGCCUGUUGGCCGCCGUGAUGUCACUCAUACCUCUGGUGUGGAACCUGAGCUCGGUGGUGACCAAUCAGACCAUAAAGUUCCCCCCUGACUUUAAUAUGCCCCAGGCUCCUGACUCCCAACAAGUGGGGUGCGGCAUCGGGGUGGGGCUGGUGGGGACGGUCCUAUUGUUCGUCUCAGGGAUUAUUUUCUGUCAGUACAGGUUACCAGUGAGGUCACAGCGCCCGGAGAGCUCCUUACCUGCAUUACCUGCACCGUCACACAGCGCCAGGGGGAGAGAUAACUCAGCGUUUGUGUCUGACGAACACUUGUAG